UCAAGCUUCACUCACACACACACCUAAGGCCAAGAGAGAAAAUUGUGGGAUUUGUGUAGUUUUGUGUGGUUUAAGGCUUGAAGUGUGUGCAAGGAAGUAUUUUGGUAAAAGCUCGAUCCCGAUGCUAAUGGAAAGUCCAAGGUGGUGGCCAUUUAUAAUUCACAAGCCUCCAUGCUGUUUGAGCUAUCAACUCAAAGUGCUUUUCCAUUCAAUCAUUUAUCUCCCCCCAUGAACAACAUCCUCCUCUUUUUUAUAUGUCUGAAUGACCUGGCAGGCUGGCACCAUCUUUGCUUGGCCUCUAAGCUCCUUUUUAAGCAACCCUUUUAUUGCUGACUCGAAAAGGGCUACCUAGCCUGGGAGCUCGAGGGUUCCUCAAUUUUGCUUGGUAAAAGCUUGUGAAAUGGGAAGGCAGCCUUGUUGUGAUAAGGUUGGAUUGAAGCGAGGCCCAUGGACGAUUGAGGAAGAUCACAAGCUCAUGAACUUCAUCCUCAACAAUGGUAUCCAUUGCUGGCGAAUGGUUCCUAAGCUUGCAGGUUUGCUAAGAUGUGGGAAGAGCUGCAGAUUAAGAUGGAUUAAUUAUCUAAGGCCAGAUCUUAAGAGAGGAGGUUUUACAGAAACGGAAGAGACUGAAAUUAUUCAGCUUCAUUCACGUCUUGGUAACAGGUGGUCUAAGAUUGCUGCACAUUUUCCUGGUCGGACUGACAAUGAAAUCAAGAACCACUGGAAUACAAGAAUCAAGAAGAGGUUAAAGCUCCUUGGCUUAGACCCUGUGACUCACGAGCCCUUUGAGCAAAAAGGAAGCAAUGGUGAUAAUAAUGAGUCAAAUUCAUCAAAAGGACAAGAGGAAAGCGUGGAGUUUAAGUCCUCCAUGGACAAUCAUGCCAAGAGAGAUUCUGCAGGAACAGAGGAGAACAGGGAUGAAGUGGAAUUAAUUUCCUUGGAUGAAACAAAUGAUGUUUUAAACAAUUAUGAUGGCUGGUGGGGAAGCUUGGACUUGGGAUACUCAUGGAUGAAACAAGAAGCCAACACCAAUACUUCCUACACUUCUUCAUUUUCCUUGGAAAACUCUAGCAACCCUUCCAUGGGUGAAUCCCCCUCAAUUCAAGAAGAUUCUCUACGACAAUGGGCUGGAAGUGUGGAUUCCAUGCUCUCAUGGGAGGAUGGCUUCAAUCAUCUGGAACAAGUGUUAGGUUUUGACAUGAUUAUAGUUAAUUGAGUGGAUGUCAUUGUGUGGAUGGUGGAGCAAGCCACUUAAUGGUGGAUGGUGGAGCCUUCUUGCCACUCAUUCCACUCAAUGAUGGAUGGUGGAGCCUUCUUGCCACUCAAUGGUGGAUGGUGGAGCCUUCUUGUGGAAGAAGUUGUGGUUGCUUCUUUCCUAUAUAAGAAGCACAUGGCCAACCAAACAUAGAAGGGGAGAAGAAGUGAAGCAGAAAAUCUAGGAAUCUCAAAGCAAGAGAAAAAGAAAGAAGCAAAGAAGGAAGUUUAUCCUUCUUGGUGUGCGGUACAAAGUAAAAGAAAGAGAGGUUUUCUCUUCUUGAUGUGUCGUACAACAAUACACAAGUGAGUGAAAUCUGGGUGUAUUGGGGCUUUGGGCUUUGAGUGAUUUUCUCCCUGUAACUAUUUUAAUAGUGAAUUUUCUCUGCGUCUCCUACAGUGGAUGUACCUCGGUUUGAGGGAACCACUUAAA